GUUACACUGAGCGAUUUCUCCUGACCCUUUGAGAUAAGCACUCUACUUCUUACUGUACUAAAGUGGGGUACUCUCGUUUUACCACGCCGGGCGCACGGAUCACACUGCCUUUGGCGUUGAGCUUUAGCCGCCACAAUUUCCAACAGGUUAUAAUAGGUUGUGAUUGUGACAGAUUCCCAUCACUUUGUGACGACACAAGAUACCUGUCCACCAUACCGCCUUGUAUACCUCUCCGUGCCUGAACAAUUUUCCUGUCAGAUCCGAAAUAAUCACUCUACGAUGGCGAUGUCUUCAAUCGCGAACAUCGUGAUCGAUCCCGAUGGAGAUUUAGUCCUCCUUCUAAACCCAACCACGCCAGAUUCUCAAAAUUUCACCGAAAUGAUGUCUGCACUUAACUCAACUUGCAGCACCCCAGAUACAGAGAUAUCCAGAGAUGCCGACGCUAGAAGGCGAGCUUCCCUUGAGCUUGAAGUUUUGACAAGCGAAUCACACAUGCUCUAUGAUGAUCGCAUACUAGUAUCUUCGAAGCAUAUGUGUUUAGCCUCUCCAGUAUUCAAGGCAGUGAUAGAGGGCGAAUUUCCAGAAGAUGUGCUACCAAUCGCGGGGAAAUUGGGACUUCCACUUCCAAACGACGACCCCCCCGCGAUGAAAAUCUUGAUACAUAUUAUUCAUGGUAGGAUGAACAUGGUUCCAUUGAACAUAGACUUGGAAUUAUUCACUCAAAUAACAAUUCUGGUUGAUAAAUAUGAGUGUCACGAAGUUGUACGGCUCUUACCUCUCAUAUGGAGUUAUGGAUUGUCAGAUUCGUUUUCUGAAACUUCAUGGACCGACAUCGCCCGCUGGGUAUGCAUAGCUUGGCAGUUCGAGCUGGAAGAAGAAUUUCUCAAAGCUACGCAAAUGAUACGGGAGGGAAGUGAUUGCAGUUUGGAAACUUUGAUGAAUUCCAUAAAUUACGACCUGCCGAUCCCGAAGUACGUAGUUGAUAAACUAGAGUCAUGCCGGCUUGAAGGAAUACGAAAAACUGUCAAGAUUCUCCAAGAUACCAUAAAUGAAUAUCAAAGCACCAGUCAUAUCUGCGUGGCUCACGAGGUUCCGUGGUUUUGCAGCUCCUCUGGCAAAUUCCACCACUCUUCUGAUGAUCUCCCUUUACAUAAAAACGAUUGCGAUUCGAUGGUGCUUGGAACUCUCAUCAAGAGUGCUAUGAGUAACGGAUUAUAUCCUCUCCCAGAACAGCCAUACAAUUCAUGGUCAUUGAAGUCACUUACUGCGAAAGUCGAUCUUCUUCGACCUGAUUCGCUGUGCGCCAAGUUCAUAAAAAAAGAGCUCGAAAACCACGACAUUAUGGGAAAGAUCAGAGAAUCGAUCAGAGCUAUUGACAAAUCAGGAUUGGCUCUAACAUCAUGCAAGGAGCUCGCUUUGUGCUAGUCAGCUAAUUCUGCAACUUUCACAUAACUGCGCAAAGUUCAGGAUACCAUGAAGCAGAUAUUGUUUUGCUUUCGCCAUGGUCAUCUUGUUCAUUCUCACAACUCCUCUUUCAUUGGAUCACUUUCAUUCAAUAUAGCUUUUAAUGAUAUUUGAUCAUCGUCUCAGUGAUGAGACGCUAUGGUGCAUAAAGAAGAUAACAUCUAGGAGGUCAUGAACUAUGUAUGGAUAUUAUAUCAUCAUUUUGGUUUGUCUCAAUCAUGAAUUAGUAUAGAAGCAUCUAGUCUAUUAGCUUCCCCCUAAGCA